UUUUUUUUUACCUUUUUUUACUUUUCAACACUUUUAUGUUUUGAAAAUGUCGAAUACAACAGAAAACUCAUUUCGGAAUUCUUUAAGAAACUUCAACUUGGGACGUACUUCAUCACCUAUAGCCUUACCAUUAAGUGGUACUAAUUCACCAACAACAGCUAAUAAUUCAGCUUUUGCUUCUAUACGAGACUCUGCUAAUAGUUUAUUUUCAAAUGUAUCAUCAUCUGUUCAAGGAUAUUUACCUGUUAAUAGUGGUGAAGAAGAAGAAGAACCUUGGUAUCAAUUAUCUCGAGUAGAGAGAGUAAUGGCUUUCGCUCUAUGCUUGGGUCUUGGCAUUUUAUGUUUUUUCUUGGCAUUCUCGUUUUCAUUCCUUAUUCCUAUUUCUCCUGGAAAAUUUGCCGCCACUUUUACCUUGGGUAGUAUUCUACUUUUGGUUAGUAUUGCUAUGCUUCGUGGACCUAUAGCUCACAUCAAACAUAUGAUAUCUAUGGAAAGACUUCCUUUUACCAUCUCCUAUGUUGGUUCUAUGGCAUUAACGUUAUAUGCAUCAUUAGGGGCUCGAAAUUAUAUCUUGACAAUUAUAUUUGCAAUUAUUCAAAUUUUGGCUUUAGUAUGGUAUAUUGGAUCAUAUAUUCCUGGUGGAGUAUCAACAUUACGAUAUGGAACUGCUUAUAUUGGAAGAAGAGCAGCAUCGAUUUUACCUAUAUAGAAUAAUUUAGUGAAUGAUGUACAAUAUCAUAUUUUAUCUACCCCCCCUUUUUUUUUUGAAAUAAUAAUAAAACUAC